AUGGUGGUCCAGUGGGCGGGGCAAAUGGGGGCAGUGCUCCAACGAGACUCCUCCCACAUCAUGAAGGGGGAGGGGCAUCCUGGUCCCUCUGCUGAGCUGCAGUACUGGGCUGCCCAGAAAGAUAACCUACUCGGCAUUCAGAAACAGCUCCAGAACACUAAAGUGGAGCAGGUGCUGGAGAUUUUGAACAGGAUCGAGAGCAGCUACUGUGCAUCCUUCAUGGACAUCAUUCAAAGAGUAGAGCAGGCUGUGGAGGAGGCUGAGGAUAUCGAGCUGUGUCUGCGGCCCAUGCGCAAGCACCUGAGUGUGUUUGAGGAAAGGAGCUUUCCCCAGCUGGGCCAGCAGAUGGCGCCGUUGUUCCACACUCUCUGCCUGCUGUGGACUCACUGCCGCCACUACUGCACGCCCAAACGCAUCGUCACACUCCUGCAACAGCUCUCCAACCUGCUCAUCGACAAGGCAUUUGCGUACCUGAUCCCAGAGGAACUGUUUAAGCUGGAGCUUGAGGAGGCUAUGGAGCGCGUGCAGUGUGCGCUGCAGGUGAUUGGCUCGUACCGCCGCUGCUUCCUGCUCUACCGCCAGAAGCUCACGCCCACCGGUCCUUACAGCAAAUAUGGACACCCCGUCAAGCCUUGGGACUUCCCUUCCGAACUGGUGUUCCAUCGCACCGACCGCAUCACACAGAGGCUGACAAUGAUGCAGGAGCUGUUCUCCUCUGCGCUGGACUUCCUGAAGCUUGAGCGGUGUGAGCUGGGUGGCUCGGGAGGGAAGGUCCUGAGUGAACUGGUGUACAACAUGAACGACCAGUUUCACGACAGCUGGAGGGUCCUGCGGGAGAGCAAAUACGACCCCCUGGACUACACCAAAGAGGAGUUUGUGCGUGACUACGAUCGGUUCAUGGAGCAGAAUCGAGAUUUUGACCAGCGGCUGGGCACAGUCCUAAAUCUUGCCUUCGCUCACUCACAAGGUUUAGAGUCGGCCUUCAAGCUUCUCCAGAUGUUUGGCAGUCUUCUGGAGAGGCCCCGUAUCCAGCAGCUCUUCUCCCCAAACUACGGCCGUCUGUUGGCCAUGUUCCAGGAGGAGAUCACCGCCUGCCAACGCAUCAUGGACAAGCAGCGCGACCGGUUGGCGAGUGGCUCUCCGGUGUUGAGCAAGAACAUGCCGGCUGUGGCUGGAAACCUGAAGUGGUCGCAGGAGAUCAGACAACGCAUCCUGACCAACCGCAGCCACCUCAAGCACCUCACACACAUGCCCCUGGACAGUCCUGAGGCAGAGGCGGUGCUGCGAGUUUGCGAGAAUGUGUUGGAGACGCUGGAGCUGCAGGACGAGGAAGUCUUCAGCAACUGGAGCGCCGGAUUGGAUGAGAUAUGCCACACCCACCUGAACAAGCCCCUCCUCCUCCUGGACACGCACACCGGCCUCUACAGCCUCAACUUCCACCCGGCACUGACCUCCGUGCUGAGGGAAGUGAAGUAUCUGGGAAUGUUGAGGAAUGAGAACAUCCCCAAAGCAGCUCUUCACCUCUUCUCUAAACGAGAGACGCUUUAUUUGUAUACAAGCUCCCUAUCGCUGGUCACCCAGUGGUACAACAGACUGCACAGCAGCAUUCUUCCUGUCGAGCUGCGAUUGGUGGAGGCAGAACUGGAGGAAGUGAGGCGUACAUUAAGCCCCGCCCUAAAUGAACUGCAAUGGAGUCAGGAUGAGCUGGGCAGCUACAUACAGAGCACGAGGACACUCGUAGAGGGUCUGUCUACGCGCGUGCAGCGCAGCAAGGCCAACCUGGAGACACUGCACGGCAUCAUGGGAGUGUUCAGCCACACGGCCUGCGUGACCAGGAAGUGCAGCCGCAGCGGCCAGCUGCUCAUCAUGAGUGACGUCAACGAGGCGAUACGCCGCCAGUACGCACUCAUCUCACACAACGGAGAUAAAAUACAUCAGCUCCUGCAGGAGAACCGUUCUCUGCUGGGCGGUUCUGAGGACUCUCCGGAGUGGCGAGCGUACACGGAGCACGUGGACGGCAUAGUGCUACAGGGCUUCUGCUCGGCGGUGCGCUGCUCUCUGCAGUACCUCCUGGAGAACACCGACCCCUCUCUCCGCAUCGCGCCCCUCUUCGACAUCCAACUGGUGCUGACCUCCGACAUGACCUUUCACCCCUCUCUGGACCUCACCAAGAAGGAUAACUUCUACGACACCAUACACAAGAUGGUGGAUGACAUCAUAGGCAUGGCGUCCUGCAUCAGGAGAGUCGCCAGCCACUAUGAGCAGGACACCUAUCAGAGCGACAUCAUUGAGGUGCCAGAGCUGCGGGAGCUGGCCCAGGUGCUGUGCAGCCGGGCGCGUAAUGCCAUCGCCAAGGUCAAGGAGUUCCAGCGCUCCUUCGCAUCCUACCGCUACCUGUGGACCGACGACAGGACCGAGUUCAUGCGUCAGUUCCUGCUCUAUGGCCACGCCCUCUCCACGGAGGAGGUGGAGCUGUACGCAGACUAUGAGUUGGCCAAGAACCCUCCUAAACUAGAUGAUUUCAAAGACCAGAUCAGUGUGUUUGAGUCCUUGUACCACAAGGUGAGUGUGAUGGAGGACAGGCGCGUGUUCUGUGGUUGGCUGCAACUGGACGUGAAGCCGUUUAAGAUCGCUCUCAUGAGCGCCAUCAAGAAGUGGAGCUGGAUGUUCAAGGAGCACCUGGUCAGCCACGUCACAGAUAGUGUGCGUGAGCUGGCGCUGUUCAUCGAGAGCACAGGGGUGGGGCUGAGUGUGCGUGUGAGUGACGGGAACUACGGUGGCCUGGUGGCCUUGAUGUCACACCUGAUGGCCAUCAGAGACCGACAGCUCAUCACGGAGCAGCAGUUCACACCACUCAAAGCCACCGCAGCCCUGCUCAAGACUUACCAGCAACACCUGCCUGAGGAUGUGUACACGCAAUUAGAGGAGCUGCCAGAGAAGUGGGCUAACCUGAGGAAGGUGGCAUUCACCGUGAAGCACGAGGUGGCGCCCCUGCAGUCUAAUGAGGUGGCCGUCAUACGCAGGAAGUGUGUGCGCUUUGAGAUCAAGCAGCAUGAGUUCAGGGAGCAGUUCCGUAAAGAGGCCAUCUUCUGCAUCAGUGUGAGCGAACCAUACAAACUACUGGACAAGUCUAAUAGGUCAGUGGCCUCUCUGGAGGCUGAGAUGCGGUCCCUGCAGCAGACUGCUGAGCUGUUUGAAGUGAGCUUCCCCGACUACAAGCAGCUGAGACUCUGCAGGGCACACAUCAGCCUGCUCAAACACGUCUGGGACAUGGUCAUCUUCCUCAAGUCGAGCAUUGAUGAUUGGACGAAGACUCCGUGGCAGGAGAUCAAUGUGGAGCACAUGGACAUGGAACUGCGUCGCUUUGCCAAGGAGAUGAAGACGCUGGAUAAGGAGGUGCGUGUGUGGGAUGUGUACGUGGGGCUGGAGGCCAUGGUCAAGAACAUGCUCACGUCACUCAGAGCCGUCAACGAGCUGCAGAACCCCGCAGUCAGGGAGAGACACUGGCAGCAGCUCAUGAAGACCACCGGGGUGAGUUUUGUGAUGGAUGAGUCAACACGUCUGGGAGAUCUGUUGGAGCUUCAGCUUCAUCGAGUGGAGGAGGAGGUGAAGAACAUUGUGGACAAAUCGGUCAAAGAGAUGGGCAUCGAGAAGGUGUUGGGAGAAAUCCAGCAGACAUGGUCUGUGAUGUCACUGUUGUAUGACACACACCCCGGCACUGGCACUCCACUGCUCAAAGCGGACGAGAACCUCAUAGAGACCCUGGAGGAUAACCAGGUGCAGCUUCAGAACAUCCUGAUGAGUAAGUACGUGGAGUACUUCCUGGUGGAGGUGAGCGGCUGGCAGCGUCGCCUCCUGGUGGCGGACAUGGUGAUCAGCAGCUGGAUGGCCGUGCAGCGCACCUGGGCACACCUGCAGAGCAUCUUCACCUCCUCGCACGACAUACGCCAGCAGCUCCACGCAGACGCAGAGCGCUUUCAGGAGAUACACACCGACCUACAGAGUUUGAUGGUGGAGGUGGUGAAGAGGGACAAUGUGAUUGCUGUCACCAAUGAGCCAGGCUUCCUGGAGCAGCUGGAGGCCCUGCAGCAGAGGUUGUCUGUGUGUGAGAAGGCUCUGGCAGAGUAUCUGGAGACUAAGCGCUUGACGUUCCCGAGAUUCUAUUUUGUGUCUGCGACCGACCUCCUGGAGAUAGUUUCCAAAGGAACACAACCCAGACAGGUCAGCAGGCACCUGUUGAAGCUGUUUGAUAACGUGGCAGACCUGCGCUUCCAGGAGGAGGAGGGGGGAGGGGAGACAGAGGUGGCCAUUGCCAUGGGGAUGUACAGUCAUGAGAGAGAAUACGUCCCCUUCUCCCAACCAUGCGUCUGUGAGGGACAGGCUGAGAGCUGGUUGAAUGCUCUGGAGACGGCUAUGAGGUCGACGGUGCGUCAGGAGAUCAUGGAGGCUGUCGCCGCUUACGAGGACAAACCACGAGAACAGUGGCUACUGGACUUCCCAGCCCAGGUGGCCCUGACUGGGAGUCAGAUCUGGUGGGCUACAGAUGUGGGGAUCGCCUUUGACCGUGUGGAGGAGGGCUUCGAGGCAGCUCUCAAAGACUACAACAAGAAACAGGUCACCCAGCUGAACGCUCUGAUCCACAUGCUGCUGGGGGAACUAUCUCCUGGUGAUCGGCAGAAGGUCAUGACCCUCUGCACCAUCGAUGUGCACGCUCGUGACGUUGUGGGCAAGCUUAUAUCACAAAGGGUGAUAAAUGGGCAGGCAUUUGCAUGGCUGUCCCAGCUAAGGCAUCGCUGGGAUGAGCAGCAGAAGCAUUGCUUCAUCAACAUCUGUGAUGCGCAGUUCCAGUUCUCAUACGAAUACCUUGGCAACACCACACGCCUGGUCAUCACCCCCCUCACAGACAGGUGCUAUAUCACCCUGACUCAGUCUCUGCAUUUGACGAUGAGUGGCGCCCCCAGUGGUCCGGCAGGAACAGGCAAGACGGAGACGACUAAGGACCUGGGACGGUCGCUAGGCAUCAUGGUCUACGUAUUCAACUGCUCCGAGCAGAUGGACUACAAGUCUAUAGGGAACAUCUAUAAGGGGCUGGCCCAGACGGGUGUGUGGGGCUGCUUCGAUGAGUUCAACAGGAUCUCAGUAGAGGUGUUGUCGGUGGUGGCCGUGCAGGUCAAGACUAUUCAAGAUGCCGUUCGCAACAAGAAGCAGAGGUUUCUUUUCCUGGGUGAGGAGAUUGAGUUGAGGUCUACAGUGGGAAUCUUCAUCACCCUGAAUCCCGGAUACGCCGGCAGGACUGAGCUACCGGAGAACCUCAAGGCCCUCUUCAGGCCAUGUGCAAUGGUGAUUCCUGACUAUGAGCUGAUCUGUGAGAUCAUGCUAGUCGCUGAGGGCUUCAUAGACGCUAGACUCCUCGCCCGCAAAUUCAUCAGCCUCUACACACUCUGCAAGGAGCUGCUCUCUAAACAGGAUCACUAUGACUGGGGUCUUCGGGCUAUAAAGUCAGUGCUGGUGGUCGCAGGAUCCCUGAAGCGAGAGGACAGGAGCAAGCCUGAGGAGCAGGUGUUGAUGCGUGCACUCCGUGACUUCAACCUGCCCAAGAUCGUGACUAGCGAUGUGGGAGUGUUCCUGGGCCUCAUCAGUGACCUUUUCCCAUCACUUGAUGUUCCACGCAAGCGCGACUCUCAGCUGGAAACUGCUGUCAGACAUGCUGUGUCUGAGCUACGCUUGCAGCCCGAAGAGAACUUCAUACUCAAGGUGACGCAGCUUGAGGAGCUUCUGGCUGUCAGACAUUCAGUAUUUGUGGUUGGUGGUCCUGGAACAGGAAAGAGCCAGAUCCUGAAGACGCUGCAUCGCACCUACUCCAACCUCAAGAUGAAGGCAGUCUGGAACGACAUGAACCCCAAAGCCGUCACCACAGACGAACUCUUUGGAUUCCUGCACCCACACACACGCGAAUGGAAAGAUGGUCUCUUCUCCUCUACUAUGCGUGAACUGUCCAGGAUGAGCCACGAGGGUCCAAAGUGGAUCGUGCUGGAUGGAGACAUCGACCCCAUGUGGAUAGAGUCCCUUAACACUGUCAUGGACGACAACAAGGUAUUAACUCUGGCCAGUAAUGAGCGUAUAUCCCUGACGUCCUCCAUGCGCCUGUUGUUUGAGAUAAGCCACUUGAGCGCCGCCACCCCAGCAACUGUUUCCAGGGCAGGCAUCCUUUACGUCAAUCCUCAAGACCUGGGCUGGAGCUCCUAUGUGACAAGCUGGAUUGACACCCGCCAGGCCCAAUCAGAGCGAGCGAAUCUGACCAUCCUGUUUGACAAGUACGUACCCUACUGCCUGGAGCAAGUACGCUGCAACCUCAAGACCAUCACUCCCAUACCAGAGAGCAGCAUGGUGCAGACGUUGUGUUCUCUGCUAGACUGUCUCCUUACAGAAGAGAACACCCCUCCGGACUCCCCCAGGGAACUGUACGAGCUCUACUUUGUCUUCUCAUGCGUAUGGAGCUUUGGAGGAGCCCUCUUCCAGGACCAUUUGUUAGACUACCGUGCAGAGUUCAGCCGUUGGUGGUGUAAGGAGAUGCGGGCGGUGAAGUUUCCAUCUCAGGGCUCCGUCUUUGACUUUUACAUCGACCCUGAAACCAACAAGUUCACUCCCUGGAGUGAGAACACGUCCCCUUUCGAGCUGGAGCCAGAUGUCCCGCUGCAGACGGUGCUGGUCCCUACCCCUGAGACUAUCUGCCUGGCGUACCUGCUGUCCCUGCUGGUUCGGAAGGGUAAACCGGUGAUGCUGGUCGGCAAUGCAGGUGUUGGGAAGAGUAUACUCGUUCAACACCAGAUGGCGCUACUGAGGGAAGACUACACCGUCACUAAAGUUCCAUUCAACUACUACACUACCUCAGCCAUGCUGCAGAGGGUUCUGGAAAAGCCUCUUGAAAAGAAGGCCGGACGUAACUUUGGACCAGCCGGCACCAAGAAGCUCAUCUACUUUGUGGACGACAUGAACAUGCCGGAGGUGGAUGCUUACGGCACCGUACAGCCUCACACGCUCAUCAGGCAGCACCUGGACUACUCUCACUGGUAUGAUAGGCAGAGGCUUGUCUUAAAGGAGAUCCAUAACUGCCAGUACAUCACCUGCAUGAACCCAACAGCUGGAAGCUUCUCUGUCAACCCCAGACUACAGCGUCACUUCUCUGUGUUUGCGGUGCCGUUCCCGUGUUCUGAAUCGCUAGUGAGCAUCUACAGCAGCAUUCUGAGCAGCCAUUUCCUCUCCGGCGGCUUCAGCUAUGGAGUUAGUCGCUCUGCUAACACGCUAGUUCAGGCGGCUGUUUGUCUCCACCACAAGAUGACGCAGAGCUUCCUCCCCACGGCCAUACGCUUCCACUACAUAUUCAACCUCAGAGACCUCUCUGCCAUCUUCCAGGGCAUCUUGUUUGCUCUUCCUGAGGCAGUGAGGUACCCCAUAGACCUGGUGCAUCUGUGGCUGCAUGAGAGCUCACGUGUGUACGCAGACAAACUCAUGGAGGAGAAAGACGUGGAGCUCUUCAACAAGAUACUGCUGGACACCGGGAAGAGAUACUUUGAGGGCAUCGAUGAGUCCAUCUUCAUCCACCAGCCCCUGCUGUACUGCCACUUUGCUCAGGGCGUGCGUGAGCCUCGCUACUCUCGUGUGUCCGACUGGGAGAAGCUCCAAAAGACCCUGUGUGACGCUCUGGAGCACUAUAACGAGCUGCAUGCUGCCAUGGACCUGGUGCUGUUUGAAGAGGCCAUGCAACAUGUGUGUCGCAUCAGCCGUAUCCUGGAGGCUCCCCAUGGCAACGGGCUGCUGGUGGGGGUGGGAGGCAGCGGGAAGCAGAGUCUGUGUCGCCUGGCCGCUUUCCUCAGCUCCCUCGAGGUCUUCCAGAUCACUCUGCGCAAGGGCUAUGACAUCGGGGCACUCAGGAGUGACAUCGCUGCUCUGUAUAUCAAAGUGGGAGUGAAGAACAUCGGCACCGUCUUCCUCCACACAGAUGCUCAGAUUCCUGAUGAGCGAUUCCUGGUGCUCAUCAACGACAUGCUGGCCUCAGGAGACAUUCCUGAUCUCUUUACGGAGGAGGAGGUGGACAUGAUCGUGGCGUCCACCCGUCUGGAGCUGAGAGGGCUGGGCCUGCUGGACACCCGGGACAGCUGCUGGAACUUCUUUAUAGACCGCAUCAGACGACAGCUCAAGGUGGUUUUAUGCUUCUCUCCUGUGGGCUUCACGUUGAGGACUCGGGCGAGGAAGUUUCCAGCCCUGGUGAACUGCACGGCCAUCAACUGGUUCCACGCGUGGCCACAACAUGCACUGCAGUCAGUCAGCACCACCUUCAUAGACAAGAUCAGCGGCCUAGAGCCAGAGGUAAAGGCCUCAAUCAGCCAGUUCAUCUCAUACGCCCACACCAGUGUGAACGAGGUGAGCGUGAAAUAUCAGCAAAACGAGAAACACUUCAACUACACCACGCCCAAGAGCUUCCUGGAGUUCAUGAAGCUCUACGGCAACCUGCUGGGGACAAAAAGGAGAGAGCUCACUCAGAAGAUGGAGCGUCUGGAGAAUGGAUUACAGAAACUACUGAGCACAGCGUCUCAGGUGGAGGAUCUGAAGGCCAAGCUAGCGGUGCAGGAGGUGGAGCUCCACCAGAGGAACAGUGAUACUGAAGUCCUCAUCGCCCAGAUCGGACAGCAGACCGAUAAGUUGAACAUGGAGAGGACCAUUGCUGAUGCGGAGGAGCAGAGAGUGGCCGCUAUCCAGGCUGAGGUCAGUAAGCAGCAGCAGGAGACUGAGAAUGACUUGGCCAAAGCAGAACCAGCACUACAGGCAGCUAACGCAGCUCUCAACACGCUCAACCGGCUGAACCUGACUGAGCUGAGGACGUUUCCUAAUCCUCCUGUGAUUGUGUGUAACGUGUCGGCGGCGGUGCUGGUUCUGCUCUCUCCCAGUGGACGAAUCCCUAAGGACCGCUCCUGGAAGGCAAGCAAGGUGGUCAUGAGCAAGGUGGAUGAUUUCUUGCAGGCUCUAAUCAACUUUGAUAAGGAGCAUAUUCCUGAGGCCACGGUGCGGGUGGUCAAAGAGGAGUAUCUGAGAGAUCCAGAGUUUAACCCAGAAUACGUCAGACUCAAGUCAUCCGCCGCAGCCGGCCUCUGUGCCUGGGUGAUCAACAUCAUACGCUUUCACGAGGUGUUGUGUGAGGUAGAGGUGAAGAGGCUGUGUCUGUGUCAGGCCAAUGCUGAUCUUCUGGAGGCUGCUGAGAAACUGGAGGCCAUCAGGAAGAAACUGGGGGAGCUGGAUGGCAGUCUUGAGACUCUGACUCAGGCGUUUGAGAAGGCCACCUCUGAGAAGCUGCGGUGCCAGGAUGAAGUCAACUGCACCAACAAAACCAUCGAGCUGGCCAACAGACUGGUCAAGGGCCUGGAGUCUGAGAAUGUGCGCUGGGCUCACUCAGUGGCUCAGUAUCGAGAGCAGGAGGCCACUCUGUGUGGAGAUGUUCUGCUGACCGCUGCCUUCAUCUCCUACGCUGGCUCCUUCUCCAAGAAGUACCGACACACACUGCUACACACACUCUGGACUCCCUACCUCCGGGGACAGAAGGUGCGCAUCCCCAUGAUGGAGGGUCUAGAUCCGGUCUCGAUGCUGACCGACGAUGCCACCGUAGCGCAGUGGAAUAACGAGGGGUUGCCGGGCGACCGCAUGUCCACCCAGAAUGCCACCAUCCUCAGCAGCUGUGAGAGGUGGCCCCUCCUCAUAGACCCCCAGCUCCAGGGCAUCAAGUGGCUCAAGAGUCACUAUGGCAACCGCCUCCGCAUCAUCAGCCUGGGACAGAAGGGUUAUGUGGAUGUGAUUGAGCAGGCGGUGGUGAUGGGGGAUCCGGUGCUUAUUGAGAAUCUGGAGGAGACGGUGGAUCCAGUCUUGGACCCCCUCCUGGGCAGACACACCAUCAAGAAGGGCAGGUGUAUAAAGGUGGGCGAUAAGGAGUGUGUGUUCCACCCUGCGUUCCGCCUGAUCCUCCACACUAAGCUGGCCAACCCGCACUACAAACCAGAGAUCCAGGCCCAGACCACACUCAUCAACUUCACCGUCACAAGAGACGGCCUGGAGGACCAGCUACUGGCUCAGGUCGUCAACAUAGAGAGGCCAGACCUGGAACAGCUCAAGUCUGAGCUGACUAAGCAGCAGAACCUGUUUAAGAUCGAGCUGAAGCAGCUGGAGGACGAGCUGCUGACCCGCCUGUCGGCCGCCGAGAGCAACUUCCUGGGAGACACGCUAUUGGUGGAGAAGCUAGAGACCACCAAGCACACCGCCGCAGAGAUCGAGAUGAAGGUGCUGGAGGCGCGUGUGAAUGAAGUGAAGAUUAACGAGGCUCGUGAGCACUACAGGGCUGUGGCGGCCAGAGCAUCUCUCCUCUAUUUCAUCAUGAACGACCUCAACAAGAUACACCCCAUGUACCAGUUCUCCCUCAAGGCAUUUAACAUGGUCUUCUAUAAGGCAGUGGAGGUAGCAGAGGUGUGUGAGGAUGUCAAGUCUCGCGUGAGCACUCUGAUUGACUGCAUCACCUACUCCACAUUCACCUACAUCAGCAGAGGACUCUUCCAACGAGACAAGCUAACCUUUAGCGCACAACUAGCCUUUCAGUUGUUGCUGAUGAGUAAGGAGAUUGAUGUGCGUGAGUUGGACUUCCUGUUGCGCUUCAAUGUGGAUCACAGUUACGCCAGCCCAGUAGACUUCCUAUCUAACACAGCAUGGAGUGCCAUCAAGACAAUGAGUUUCACUGAGGAGUUCCGAAGUCUCGAUCGGGACAUUGAGGGCUCUCCUAAGCGCUGGCGUAAGGUUGUGGAGUCCGCCUGUCCAGAGCAGGAGCGCCUCCCUCAGGAGUGGAAGACAAAGAGCAGCCUACAGAGACUCAUUAUGAUGAGGGCAUUACGACCUGACCGCAUGACCUACGCAGUACGGGGCUUUGUGGAGGAGAAGCUGGGUGUGAAGUACACUGAGGGUCGUAAGACGGAGUUUGCAAAGUCAUUCAGAGAGAGCGGGCCGUCAUCCCCUGUCUUCUUCAUCCUCUCUCCUGGGGUGGACCCCCUGAAAGACGUGGAGUCACUGGGCAAAAAGCUGGGCUUCACUAUAGACCUGGGGAAGCUGCAUAACGUGUCUCUGGGUCAGGGCCAGGAGGCAGUGGCUGAGGCCGCUAUGAAGACAGCCUCUAAGGAAGGACACUGGGUCAUCUUACAGAACAUCCACCUGGUAGCGAAGUGGCUGGGCAGUCUGGAGAAGCUUCUGGAGAGCUGCAGUGAGGGCAGUCACCCUGACUACCGUGUCUUCAUGAGCGCCGAGCCCGCCCCCACUGCUGCUGAGCACAUCAUUCCUCAGGCCAUACUGGAGAACGCCAUCAAGAUUACCAAUGAGCCCCCCACAGGCAUGCUGGCUAAUGUACACGCAGCACUGGAUAACUUUGACCAGGACAUCUUAGAUCAGUGUUCCCGCGAGCAGGAGUUCAAGACGAUCCUCUUCUCUCUCUGCUACUUCCACGCAUGCGUUGCCGAGAGGCGCAAGUUUGGACCUCAGGGUUGGAACAGGAAAUACCCCUUCAACACUGGAGACCUGACCAUCUCAGUCAACGUCCUCUACAACUACCUAGAGGCCAAUGCACAGGUGCCCUGGGAAGAUCUGCGCUACUUGUUUGGAGAGAUCAUGUACGGCGGCCACAUCACUGACGACUGGGACAGACGACUUUGCCGCACUUACCUAGAGGAAUAUAUGCAGCCGAAUCAGUUCGACAGGAAGUUGUCAUUGGCCCAGGGCCUGCAGGUUCCCUCCAAUCUGGACUAUCAGGGUUACCAUGCGUACAUCGAGGAGAUGAUUCCUCACGAGAGCCCCGCCCACUAUGGCCUGCACCCCAACGCGGAGAUAGACUUCCUGACACACACCUCCGACACACUCUUCCACACACUGCUGGAGCUGCAGUCCACUGACACACACAUGGGCGAGGGGAGCUCACAGACCACUGAGGAGAAGGUAAAAGCCAUCCUCGAUGAUAUCCUGGAGAAGCUUCCAGAAGAAUACAACAUGUCUGACAUCUGGUCCAAGACGGCGGAGAGAUCGCCAUACAUUCUCGUCUGCUUCCAGGAGUGUGAGCGCAUGAACACACUCAUCCACGAGAUGCGCCGCUCUCUCAAGGAGCUUGACCUUGGCCUCAAGGGUGAGUUGGCGAUCUCAUCUGAGAUGGAGCAACUGCAGACAGCUCUCUUCUUCGACCAUGUGUCGCUCACCUGGACCAAACUAGCCUAUCCAUCCACCUAUAGCCUAGCACUAUGGUAUCAUGAUCUUCUGCUGCGGUGUCGUGAGCUGGACAGCUGGACUCAGGAUCUGGCUCUGCCUAAUGUAGUCUGGCUAUCAGGACUCUUCAACCCACAGUCAUUUCUCACAGCUGUGAUGCAGUCUCUGGCUAGGAAAAAUGAAUGGCCGCUGGACAAAAUGAAUUUGACUGUCGAUGUUACCAAGAAGUUCAAGGAGGAGUUCAACCAACCAGCGAGAGAGGGCGCCUAUGUACAUGGACUAUACAUGGAGGGUGCUCGUUGGGAUAUCCAGGGAGGGAACAUAACGGAGGCCCGUCUUAAAGAGCUGACUCCCAUGAUGCCUGUGGUGUUUGUGCGUGCCAUGCCCAACGACCGUCAGGAGACUCGAAACACCUACGACUGCCCUGUCUACAAGACUAAGCUGAGGGGAACCACCUACAUAUGGACCUUCAGCCUCAAGACGCGGGAGAGGCCCGCCAAGUGGAUACUGGCUGGAGUGGCUUUAUUACUGAGUGUGUAAAAAGCCAGAAGCGUGAGAAAUGAUGGGCGUGGGGGUGGAGAAGCCAAGCUCAGGGGACACAGCUACAAACCA